UACGUUCUUAUUCAGCGUCGUUGCAGUCAUCUGCUGUUAAAUUUAAUUUAAUGAAUGUUAAGGUGAAUAAAGCUUGAACUGCUGAAUUCUGAGGUGAUUAACAUGCACGAACUGCAGGUCUUUAUGAGACCACUCGACCGCGUGUCGUAAAAAAAAAGGGUGCUGAUUGUGGCCGAUUGUGAAUAAAAAGAGGCAAAAUGUAAGUCAAAAAGAGGAGAUUUAAACAAACUGUUUGAAGGAAUUCUGUUUGCCCCGUCAAACACGUUUUAAUCCUUGUCUACAGCAUUUAAUAAUUAUUGGACGAGUUCAAGCAAAUAAGGUGAUUCAUAUUCUUAGAGGAAUAAGUUAAUUAUCCAGGAGCCCAUGUAAUGGCUCCUGAAUUAGCCCAUGCCUCCAUCUGCUCCAUGCUUCCAGGCUAGAUUUUGACAACCCCAAACAGAUUCAUAUCCUUUUUUGUUCGCUGUGUUAUGCAAGAGUGGUGUGACGAGGGAUGAUUAGUCGUCUGAGGCGAGCAGAUGAAUUAUUUACCAAAGCUAAAUAGCAAGAAGAUCAUAACUAGUUCCCAAGGGAGAUGUAGUCCAUUUAACUUCUAUUUAUAAACCUGCUGAACAUUUUAGACGACAGGGACGUUACAAGAAGACAUUAGCAUCCGUUCAAUGUUAUGCAAUGGCAGACAACAAUUACGUCUGUCCUCGCCAAAAAUUCAUGGAGGAUCCGAGCAUUGAGUGGCGUGAAGGCAAACCUGACUACACCAAGGCCAAUAAAGCUUAUUUAGAGGGUAGGACAAGAAUUCAUAAGGAAGGUUCGUUAGAGAAGAUUGUCGAAGAUCUGGUGAAAUCAUGGGAAAUGGAAGCUUCACAUAAAACUAACACUGAGGAUUGGCAAACUGUUGACACAGAAGCUUUCACCAUCCGCGCGAACAACCAGCGCUCGUUUUCGCUGAAAGAAGGGAUUGAAGAAGGAAAUUAUAACGUACUGAUGCAAAACCAGCCGCUGUACAACAGUAACGCUCAUACGUUUGAAUCGUCACAUGAUUUGUUCAGGUCUGCAUUCGACCAAGGGUUUCCAUGGGAACUGAUAGAAGUGUUUUCAGGACCUCCACGGGUGGCCUUUUCGUGGCGCCAUUGGGCCCACUGGACGGGCCCCUACAAAGGAAGAGCCCCAACGGGCGAACUGCUUGAAAUGUAUGGAAUGGCUAUGGCCGAGGUGGACGAGAACCUAAAAAUCAAAUCAAUUGAUGUUCAUUUUGAUCCUAACCAGCUUUUGAUGAAGUUGGAAGGAAAGGAGUGUUGAAAUAGCUGCAGAAGCAACGUACGUCUACGAUGAAGCGUCACAUGACGCUCAUAGCUCAAAAUGGUCCAAAAACUGUCUGUUGAAUUAAAUUUAAGAUUUUAUUUAUAUUUUAUUCGCUUUAGCGAAUAGCAACUCUGUGGCUUGUUUGCGGUAAGCAAGAAAUAUUUUUUAACUAGGAGACGUCAUGGUAGCAAUUAGAAGACGGUCUUGAGGUUUCUUUAACCAACAUCGCUCCCAGGAUCUCUCUUACUUGUCUCUUUGCCGGAUUGACGACGGAGGUAACAGGAACGAGAUUUUCCACCACAGUGAGCAAGCGAAGACUGACCCAUGUUAGAAUCCCUUGGUGCAAAUAUUCCAACAGUACAAUUCAACAUGGCCUUUCCACACAUAAUAUUUUCUGUUAGUGUAUUCAAGUUUGAAAUGGUCAAUUAAUUCAUUACAUGAUACUGUUAUUUCAAAUCAUUUAUUGCACGGUUUUAAAAGUUCAUGCUUUGCAGAAGCUCAUAGGGUUCUUUACACUGUAACAGCUGAAUGCAUUUAAGACUGCACAGAGAAAAGAACUUUACUCGGGACUGCUUCACUGACCAAACAGUUUUCAAACAGUCUGUCAUUAACAUGAGCCACGUCUACAAUAACUUGAUAAUUUCUAAAACAGCAUUUUACGCGCCCCUUCGCUUCAUUUAUACUUUAAACUAAUAAUAUUUCUUGAAUAGAUUUUUUACAGAAAGUUUGUAACUUAGAUUCUAUGUUCCAUAUCAAUUUCUUGUUUACUCGUUGAACCUGCUUUCUUUCUCUUCAUUAUGAAACAGCUAAACAAUUUGUUUGGAAAUACGUAUCUCCUGUUCAAAAAUUAAACGAGCCAUUAUAGGUCCUUAGCGGUAAAUCAUAUUAGUUCUGUGCUACAAGAGAAAAAAAUAACACACCGCACGACAUCUUAAAGAAGGCGUGAGUUUUUCCAUUAACAUGGUGGCCUUCGUAACAUGUGAUCAUAAAUUGUGAGGGGCUAGCUCAAUGUAUGGAACGGCAAUUUUCCCCAACAUAAAAAUUACAUUGAAUGUGACUUUUGCAUGUGUGAAUGAAUGUAAUAUGAAAAUGGAGAUUUCGUGAAAAAUAAAUAUUAAAAAAGA